UCAUCUCUCUUUCUCCUUUGCUCGCAGCAACCACGGUGUUAGAAACACCACGAAACGAAAAACAUCGUUCCCUACGAUGUUUCCAUCCUCGGGCGAGAACCCAGCACCGGACCACCACGCGGUGGCAGUCCGACCUCCACUCCACACCAACGACACUGCUACCCCGACAAUCACUCCGGCAGCAAGAAAAGUAAUCCCUCCCCCUAAGCAAAUAUAUUUGAUUGUUAUAUCUAGCAAUUCAGCGUGCCAGAGUACAGCCACUGAAAUGGUGGCUGUCAGGGAAAUGGCUCAUCCUAGACUGGAGAAAGGUUUGGUAGCCAUUGCUUGUGGCAGGGAGGUAAGGCACGGGGAUGGCUGUUGCAGGAAACGGGUCUGGACCGGAUCGGAUCCUUGGUCAGGUCGAACACUGGGCCUGGAACCGGGUCACCCCUGUGGGUUAAAAAAUGUUUUGUCGGCACCGGCUUUUCCAGGUGCUUGUCGGCACGACCCCUGAAAGACAUGGAGAAGACAAGAAAGGACAGUUGUUACGACUACCAUAAAGAAGAAAAGAAUCCUCACCCAACUAUAAAGCAUCUAGUAAGACAUUGUUGGAAUAGUUGAUUGUACUCGUCCGAGAAAUAAACUUCUGCAUAUAUUCCUAGGUCUAUUUCUCUGUUGGCAUAAAUUUAUCUGUGCAAGUCACAAUAUUGUAACUCUGUGGUCUACAUUAUCAGAGAGUUUUCUUUUUCAGGGUAUCAAAA